GAAUUACAUGUAAUAAAGGGACAAAGGAAAUGUCUGAUAAUGGGGUAAUUUCAACUACGACAUUGCAGAAAAGGACGACAUAUAAGGCAGAAAUAUCAAAAUUAGCAAAUAUAAUAAGAUAUACAAAGAACAUUUAUUUCUUUAGAGAGAUCAAUUAUCAGAGCAAAAUUUCAUUACUAAGGGUACUCAAAAGGAAAACGUCAUACAAGAAAAAAUUACCUAUAUUAACAAAGAGUAAAAGACACAGAAAGGACAUUUUGAGCAAUAGAUAAUACAUAAUUUCAUCAGAAUUCCACUCUGGAAAAUAAGGACAUUGCUGGAUUUUUGGUGCAGAGUUUUAAGAGAGGCCAGCAUAUGGUUUCUCAUUGUACUUCUUUGUCUAUAAGAGGCAAGGUUCUCCCAAUGUGAUAUGAAAUGAAACGACUGCGAGUGGAUGAAACAGUAAAAGAAGGAGGUGGUUCGAUAUCAAGCACUAUAUACCGACAACCCAUUUCUAAUUCAUCCACCUUAUCUUAUACGACAGCUGGUUCUGUCAAAGUGGUCGGUGAGGGAAUGCAAACUGGAUUAUAUCCAUCUGCUCCAUCCGUUAACUACGGAACUAUGCCAACAGCUGCUGUCACCCAUUCUGGCCAUAGCCAGAUUCGUGGCUCUGAUAGUUCUCCUCCAACUCCUCAAGAGCCGGUUCAACAACAAAGCCCAGGAAGUUUUCACAGGCUCAAAGUGGAAGAUGCAUUAUCUUAUUUAGAUUUGGUGAAAUUCAAAUUCAAUUCAAAACCGCAAGUGUAUAAUGAUUUUUUGGAUAUUAUGAAGGAAUUCAAGAGUCAAAGUAUUGAUACUCCUGGUGUAAUAGAAAGGGUUUCAAAUCUUUUUGACGGCUUCCCAGAUCUCAUUGUGGGUUUCAAUACGUUCCUCCCUCCAGGCUAUAAGAUAGAAGUACAAAAAAAUAAUGAUGGUUAUGCUUUCCAUGUAUCAGUUAGCAUGGGCAAUGUAGCAGGAGGCUCUGACAAUCAUCAUAAAACAUCAAUGAUAAUGAAAGGAUCUGGCACGAUCAACACUUCAGUUUGUGGUCAACCCAUAACACAUACCCAGCAGACCUUACCGGUACCUUCACAUAUUUCCCCUGUCGCCCCUCAGGCACCCCCGCAACAACCAUCUAUUGUUCAUCAUUCAAAUUCAUAUGUUCCCAGUGCUACUACUUACAAUUCUUUGUCGUUAUCUGCCGCACAAGCAGCAGUCAAUCAAGCAUUACAAGGUCACUCGGAAACACCUCAGAAUCAACCUGUAGAGUUCAACCAUGCGAUUAAUUACGUUAAUAAAAUCAAGAAUCGCUUCCAAGGCCAACCGGAAAAGUAUAAGAGAUUUUUGGAAAUCCUCCACACAUACCAGAAGGAACAACGUACGCUUAAGGAAACUUCAGGAGGAUUAGGAGGAAAACAAUUGACAGAACAAGAAGUGUAUAGUCAGGUAGCAAAACUAUUUGAAAAUCAAGGAGAUCUUUUAGCGGAAUUUGGUCAAUUUUUACCAGACGCCACUAGUCAUAUGAACCAAGUACAAUCAGCAGAACACCAUGUUUCAAAAAAACCUCCUGUUAAACCAAGUUUUAGAGAAAACAUGGUAGAAAGGAACGUGCCACCUAAAAUCCCAAUUGCUCCUAGUCAAAAAAGAUCUUUAUCCCCAUAUUCCAGUACCAGAGACAGUCAUCCACCAAAGAAACAUAAACUUUCUUCCUGCCGUGACAUUACCAUUACAGAAGCCGGAAAAUAUGGUACACUGAACGAUUUUGCAUUUUUUGAUAAGCUGAGGAAACAAGUGAAAUCAUAUGAAAUUUACGAAAAUUUCCUGAGAUGUUUAACACUGUAUAAUGAACAAAUUGUGACCAGAAGCGAAUUAAUAUUGAUGAUAAACCCCCUCAUUGGGAAGUUUCCAGAUUUGAUGAGAUGGUUUAGAGAUUUUCUUAGACAAACCGAUGUGGAAAGUAUUCCAUAUAAUGUUGUUCAAAAUGAAAGACCAAAAGGAGAUUUGGCUCAAGAAAUCGAUUUUGCGACUGCUAAAAGGCUGGGCGCAAGCUAUUGCAUUAUUCCACCUUCGCAAGAAGUAAGAGUUAGUUCAAGCCGAACACAGUUGUGCAAGGAUGUAUUGAAUGACCAAUGGGUUUCGUUUCCAACAUGGUCUGAAGAUAGUACCUUUGUUGGCUCUCGAAAAACUCAAUAUGAAGAGUAUAUGUAUCGUUGUGAAGAUGAAAGAUUUGAGAUGGACGUUGUGAUUGAAACCAAUGCUUCAACAAUAAGAGUUCUGGAAAAUGUUCAGAAGAAAAUCAGUCGAAUGAAACCUGAAGAACUUGCUAAUUUCACUUUGGAUGAUACUUUAGGUGGUAAUUCUGCAAUUUUACAUCAGAAGGCAUUGAAGAGGAUCUAUGGUGAAAAAGCUAAAGACAUCAUUGAAGGUCUUAAAUGUAAUCCUGCUAAUGCUAUUGGUACUAUACUAGCUCGUUUAAAGUCUAAAGAAUUAGAAUGGCGAGAAGCGCAAAAAGGUUUCAACAAAAUUUGGCGUGAACAAAAUGAAAAAUAUUAUCUGAAGAGUUUGGAUCAUCAAGGGAUGAAUUUUAAAGCCACAGAUGUAAAAGCUUUGAGAUCAAAGAGCCUUUUCAAUGAGAUUGAAACUUUAUAUGAUGAGAGGCACGAGCAAAAUGAUGAUGCAGGUAGGGAGGUAACAAGUGGACCUCACAUAGUAAUUCCUUAUAGGGAUCGCACCAUUUUGGACGAUGCAACUAAUUUACUCAUCCAUAAUGUGAAGAGGCAAACAGCUAUACAAAAAAGCGAGAAGCAUAAAAUAAAACAAUUUCUCUACAGAACCCUACCAGACUUCUUUUUUCAUCCGAAACAGCAUCUCAGCGAUGAUGAAGAAGAUGAUAAAGAUGAAGACGAGAGCCCUAGUAGUAGUCCUAAUAAUAAUAAAAAUUCCAAAAACACAACGAACUCUAUUAAAUCACCGUUACGUUAUGAUUCAGAAAAGGUAGAAACUGAAUCUGAUUCGAAGGAACAAAUACUUCCACAUGCCCAAAGUGAAGAUCCAGAAGAAGCAUACACUCUUUUCAUGGGGAACAACAAUUGGUAUAUAUUCCUAAGGUUACACGCGAUUUUAUGUGACCGACUAUCAAAAAUUUAUGAGAGAUCUGUGAUAGUGGCAGAAGAAGAAGCUAAACAACAACCUAAAAGAAAAGAGAGCACAGCAUUAUCCUUGAGGUUAAAGCCAAAGCCCCACAUUGAAAUUCACGAGUAUUACCCUGCCUUCUUAGAUAUGGUUAAAAGUCUUUUAGAUGGUAACAUGGAUGUAAAUACUUACGAAGAUACUCUCCGUGAAAUGUUUGGGAUAUAUGCGUACAUUGCUUUCACCUUGGAUAAAGUGGUUUCAAAUGCUGUUAGACAACUACAACAUUGUGUCACUGAAAAAAGUGCCAAGGCUUGCUCAGAUCUGUUUCUAUCUGAGCAAAAAAAAGGCUCAACAGGAGGUCCUUGUGUAACGGCUCACAAACGUGCACACAUUGAACUAGCAUAUCAGAGGGCAGCUGAGAAAGCUGUACAAGAUGAAAAUUGUUUCAAAAUAUUCUUUUAUAAGAAAGACUGUAGAAUGACCAUUGAAUUACUUGAUACUGAGAAUGAAAAUGAUGGUAAAAGAGUUGAAGAUACGAAGAAAUGGAGCAUGUAUAAAGAGAGUUACAGUGAUUGUAGGAACACAGGGAAGAUAAAAUCACCGGUUUUUCUGGAGAGAAACCUUCGAUUGUAUAAAAAGAGGGCCAUGAAGAACACAUGUCAUUCAAGGAGAUCAGCCAAAAACCAUCAGAACCUUCCAUCUGCAACAGAAGAAAAUUGUGAUAAAGCAAAUGAUGAUGUAAGAGAAAAUAGCAUUGAUGAAUUUGAACGUGAGUUAAGAGAACGAACAGCACCAGAACGUAAUCAAACUAAUCAUCCAGGAUAUCAUGUGGCAGAUGACACUGAAUGCAAAUUCAACUCCCAAGACUCAAAAAUAGUGUUUACCUCUAAUAAAGACAGUUAUAUCUAUAAAAUAAGUGCCUUAGAAAGAGCAAAAGAGUCUCAUCCAAGAAUAACCAUGCGUCUAUCAACGCGGUUCAAAUAUUGGUUGAAAGAGUGGGUAAGUGAAAAUGUUAGUGAUUCGCAGCAUAAACAAUGUAUAGACUGGUUGAUGGGCCGAUGUGAAGGUGUUGUACCAAACAGGACUAAAAUUCUAACAGACAAUGAUAUCUCCAGGCCCCCCUAUACGUCCUAUAACAGGUAUAAAGUUGACCAACUCGUGAAAGACGGCACCUGAAUGAAAGUAUAGUAGUUUUAGAAUACAAGCAAUUGUUGAAAAGUCAUGUACCUUAGAAGUUGACAAGGAAUGUGCCUCCAUAAGAUCUUGUAGGAUAAAUCAUCUGUGUCUACAGUUCAGUGUUGAUUACAUAUUAUUUAUUAUGCUUAUCGUUAUUAGUUUGUGAGAAAUUAAGUUAUAAGUUCGUUAAUUGAAUAGGAGCUUAAGUUGUUUUGUACAUUUUUUAAAAUUAAUUUUGUAUGUUUCGUUUUUAUCUAAGAAUUGUGGAUCAUAUUUUAUUAUGUGGUGUCACAUUAUGGUGGAAUCUACCCACUUUGUUUUUUCAUGUUGUUAUUUGUUUUCAUCCAGGAUUUGUGUGUUUUAAUUAAUUAAUAGUACAUACGCAGUAUGACCUUAGAGAAAACAAUCUCAGUGCUGAAAUCUGUUUCCAUUUAAAUAGCUUACUGUUCAAAUACUUUCCAAAAAUACAGAAAAAUACUUUGUGUUAUUCAACACAAUUUAAUACCACAAGGAUAGCUGAAUUUUAUGCUCAUUAAAGCCUAUUAAUUUCACAUCUGGUUUUAUGAUAUCAUUGACAAUGUGAAGUCUGCUGCUUGCUGGUAUGAAUACUAUAGUAUUUCUUGUAGGCAACUAAAUUCACGUUUGUCAGUGAAUAUUGAGUAAACCAAAGGUGGUCAUAUUAGGCCUAAUGGUUAUCUGUAAUCAAGAUAGUUUAUCUCAUAUAGAAUUGUAAAGAAUUCUCUGUUUGAACGAAGAUUCCAAAUCUCUUCAUAAUUCUGUAAAAUAUGGCAAUCAAAAAAUUAAUGAUAUUUUUAAUUACCUGAAUCUGCAAAAGUGAUCUAUGGAACAAUAGGAAAUAUUUCACAUUAAAAUUUUAUAAGUUUUACAUUCCUAAGGAGUAGGUGUAUGAUGGAAUGUUGAGUUGGAUAAAAUUGUUCAAAUUAUUUCAGACAAAAAUUUUCAGUGUUUAUUCCACCAUCGAUAUUGAUUUUCAUACUAAGUGUUACUUAUCGAAGCAAUAAUAGCUGUAAAAUAUAAUCUUUGAAAACUAGCUGAUGAUCAAAGGUAGGUAGCAAUAAAUCAAUAAUUAAUUGAACAAAAAAUUAUUUGUCUUAAAUUAAAAAAUCCACAGACUUUCUCCUGGAUAUGCUUCUAAGCUAAUUUUCCCAGAAGAUUAUUUUCCAUACUAUACUUCAUUGCUUCAGGUCAAAAAUUAUUACUGUAAAUAUUUUUAUUUAUGUAAUUUGUUUAAUAAUACUUCUGUAUUGAAUAUAGGGUAUCGCUAUAACAUUAUUUGAAAAGAAGUCAUGUGAUCAAUUGAAAGUUGUAACUUUAUUACAACUUUAUAUACAAUAAAUAUUAAAACAAAAAAUCUUUUAUAGCACAAUCAUUUGGAGACUUUGGUAUUAUGAUUGUUUCAAUAAUUUAUUAUUCAUUUGAAUAUUUCAUAUCCGAAGAUUCUAAGUGAAAAAAAUACCUGAAAUACUAGAAGUUUUUUCUUGCUUCAUUGUUUUUGUAGAAAACAAAACACCAAUUCACCCUACUCUAAGGUCAUGUACAUAUACAUAUUCUACAUUUGGUUUGUUGAGACAUUUCAAUUUUUUAUUCUGAAUGUUGACAUCUACCAAAAAAGUCUUAUUAAACAAGUAAUGACUACUUUGGAGUUUGGAAUUCAGAAAAGAUAAUAGUUUCUUUUCAAUGAAAAAUUUAUAAAGUUGUAAAUUAGAUCAUGUUAUUAUUAUUAUUUUUUUGGACAUGUCAGCAUUUUUGUACCAUAGUUUAUAUAAACCCUAUGAGAAAAUAACCAAACUAAUGUAAUAUACAUUCCAUUUUAUACACUAUUCAAUGUACAUUUGCAAUUCCAAAAAAUAUUGGUUAUUUUCUUUAUGGUCAUCUCACAAAACGCAUUUUUGAAAGUGAGAGAGCAAUAUGUAUAAAGUUGAUAUUUGAAUCAAAAUGUAUCUACAUUUAUAAAAAAAACAAUUCUUAUAUAA